GCAGCGGAAAACGUGGCAAGCGAAUACAAUGUUCCCCGCGAAGACCAGGACCGAUUCGCACUGGAAUCCCAGCGUCGCGCGGACUCAGCCAACAAAUCCGGCAAGACGGACCAGGAAAUCAUCCCCGUCUCGGUGCCUGGCACACGUCGCGGGUCCCCACCGGAAAUCGUGUCCCAAGACGAGCACCCGCGCCCAGAAACGUCUUUAGAGACUUUGUCCAAGUUACGACCCGCGUUCACGCCCAAGGGCUCAGUAACUGUGGGCAAUGCGUCGGGAAUGAAUGACGCAGCGGCGUUUUGCGUCGUCAUGGAAGAAGAAGAAGCCGUGCGACGCGGACUAGUGCCUUUGCUGUCGAUUGUUGCCAUCGCUUCUGUGGGUGUCGAGCCACGGGUCAUGGGAAUCGCACCUGUGCCUGCGAUCAUUAAAGCCGUCGAGAAGGCUGGAUGGAGUCUGGAAGACGUGGAUUUAUUCGAGAUCAACGAAGCGUUCGCUGCUCAAAGCCUGGCAGUUGUGCGUGAACUCGGUCUGGACCCGGAAAAGGUCAACAUUUACGGAGGUGCGAUUGCGCUUGGACAUCCACUCGGAGCUUCGGGAACAAAGAUCCUGGGAACGUUGGCGAUUGCGAUGAAAGAACGCAAAGCGAGACGCGGAGUUGCUGCUUUGUGCGUCGGAGGUGGCCUAGGUGUUGCAAUGUGUCUCGAACGACGUCCGAACUGGGACUAAAAAUAAUAAAAAAUAAAAAAUUGCAAAUUUCAGCAUUUUUCGCAUGAAAUGCCGUGAAAUCAACAAAUUUGCCCUUGUAAAUAAAUGAUCGCCAGGGGCGCUGGAUUCCGCACGAUGAAAUGAAUUCCUAUACUGUAUACUUGCUACGUCCGAAAAAUUGGAACGUCGUGUCUCCAAUUUUGAUUUUUAUUAGCUGUGCUUCAGUGAUGGCAAUUGAUUUGAUUUUUCUGCGGUAUUUAAAUUGUACUUGUUUGUAAGAUGAUUAUACGCCAGAUAACCUGAAACACUCAAUUCGUUUCUUCAGAAAAGUUAAAAACGUGGAGUUUUGAAAUAUUUCGUGCUUGAAGCAAUAUCUUGGGGACUGUUCAUCGAUUAAAAGUACUGUGCAUACAGGUGGACCCCCUCUGCAACAAAAGUGUUGGAAUUUCCUGAAAAAAGUCGUUGUCGAGAGUAUUUCGUUGUAAGACGAGAAGCACCCCACUUUUUUGUGGGAAAAUUUUCCAGAAACCAAUCUCUGCACCUCGAUCAGUUUUUUUUCUUUUCUUUGCUAGAAAUCCAAAGCUGUGAGGUCUCUUUUGUUUGUGGAUUCAUUUUUUCAUUGAUUUUUUAUCUUUCCUGAUUUUUUUCUUGUGCUGGAGCAGUUAAAAUGUGCUUUCACUAAACGGCAGCUUUCUGAUUAGAUGAAUAUUUUUCUCGUCCUUCAUUUCCUUCUGGUGUAUUCCUAAAUUUGUUUUUAUUGAUUGAACCAUUAUUUUUUGUACACAAUGAGACUUGGUGCCAAACAUUUAAUCUUUCUUUUUUGCUCAAAUGUACUCACGUGUGAUAUGAGCACUGGUUCGGGGAUUUUUUUAAAUUUUUAAUGUCACACCCUAUUUUUCUGCCUGAAUUUUAAGAGAAAAGAUAUCGUUGCACAAGUAAAUAUAUGUUGGAUUAAGGCUGACAUAUUUUCAGUUUCUGCCAGCAACAAUGUCCUUAUUAUCAGUAUUUUGGAGAACAUGUUGAAGUCCUUCGAAUAAUUGUGAUUACUUUACACUGUGCGUGAUCUUCUUCCUAUAUUGAUGAAUCUGAAAUGAGAUCAUGGUUAGCGCGACGGAAAUCCACUUUGAAAAUUGUCCUCGCCACGUCGGUAGUAUGGACAGCCGUCAUUCACACCAUCCUCUUCUUCGUGUUGCAAUCUGACUUGCCUUUGUGUCUCAUUUACGGCUUUUCAGUCUGUUCCGAUCAUGAUCGUCCAGAUGAUCGGAACAAUAAUAAUAAUAAGUACGCAGAAUUUCUCCGCCAAAUGGCUCCCGGCUGCGGCAUCAACGAAGACUGCGCUAUUAUUGCGGACACGUACCAGGACCAGCUGGAGUACCCGAUCCGGGAAUUGUCCUUUUGGGCUUGGAGCGAAGUGCCCGGAGGGGGUCCGAGAACCCUGAAAACCGGCCCGUGGAGUCUCGGCGAUCGCGGGGAACGGAUUUCGCUGGAAGGGAAGCUGAAGAAGGAGUCGGAGAAACGGUUCGGGGAACACGAAUUCGACGUGGUCAUCAGUGAUUCGAUUUCCGUGCAACGUUCAAUCCCUGAUUCCAGAUCACUGGCUUGUCAGGCCCGGAGAUAUUCGCAGCUGCUCCCGAAUGCGAGUGUGAUCAUAUGCUUCCACAACGAAGCGUGGUCGGCGUUGUCGAGAAGCUUAUGGAGUGUCGUGAACCGAACACCUCGUGAACUAUUGAAGGAGAUCAUAUUAGUGGAUGACGCGAGCUACUUUAAUUACACCUACGACCCUCGAUCCGGACAAUCGCUGCAGAUUUUUGCGCAAUCUUUCACCAAUGUGACUGUGCGAUUACUUCGUAGCGACGAACGGUAGAAUUCGUCUCCGUCUGGGGGAAAAUUCGGGUUAUUUUUGUUCUCACCGGUUCUCGAGUAUAUUUGGUAUUCGCGUAAAAGUGCGGCAUUUAGUUCAUACAAAAGCAAAAUUUGUUCCUGUGACGCAAAUAUACUGUAUAUAUAUAUAUUAAGCCAUCGUGGAAUUUGCAGACUGGGACUGGUUAAAGCCAGACUCCUGGGAGCUCGGAACGCAACCGGACAAACCCUGGUUUUUCUGGACUCGCACGUGGAAUGCAAUCGGGGUUGGCUUCCGCCACUGCUUGAACGCAUUCUCGCCAGUCGCUCGACGAUCGCAUGUCCCGUCAUCGACGUCGUGUCUCACGUUGACUUUUCGUACGUGUCGACGAAUGCCCGGAACCGCGGCGGGUUCAAUUGGAACCUGGACUUCUACUGGUUCCCCGCUGGGGCCGACGGGUUCAAUAAGAACAAUAAUAAGCGACGAGGCACCCCGGUGAUGGCCGGAGGCAUUUACGCCAUUGACGCCAAGUAUUUCUGGCAGGUUGGUGCUUAUGACGAAGGGAUGUCGAUUUGGGGCUCCGAGAACAUCGAGAUGUCAAUCCGAGUUUGGACUUGCGGAGGGAGAAUCGAAAUCAUACCCUGUUCUCGGGUGGGCCACAUCUUCCGGGGAAGGAACCCAGUGGGAUUCCCUGAGGGGGUUGGAAGAACUGUGAACCGCAACAAGGCCCGCGUUGCUGAUGUUUGGCUGGACGAUCACGCCAAUUUGUUCUACGGCUCUUUGAUGGUGAACGAUUUGUGGGAUGACAAGCUGGUGUCUGGGGAUUUGGCAGAAAGAUUCGAGUUGAGGAAACGAAUGAACUGUCACAGUUUCCGUUGGUACUUGGAGACCGUGUUCCCGGAAUCGAAGUUCCCGAUUGAUCUGACCUUUAUUGGGUCAAUUGAACUCCACGGAUCCGAUUUGUGUCUCGGCUCGGAUUCGGUGACGAACGAGGUCAUGCUUUCGAGGUGUCGGGAUCCUCCUGGGAGAAGACAGCUGUUUGUCAUCACUGGGAAGGGUCAUUUGGUGCAAGAAGGCGUCGGAUUGCAAUCAACGUCAACUCUUCAACUCCGGAUGUCGAAAUCAUAUCGUGACACUUGGAAUUUCACAGGAAGCAAAAUAAUUCUCACGUCCACGUCUCCUCCCUUGUGCCUUGCGUCAAACGUCAAGUCCUCAACUCCUUCCAUCGCCGACUGCGGGAAAAAGCUGGGGAACAAGUGGAAUCUGAAAAAAUUCUCGAAAUGAAGAAAUUUCGUCGAACAUUUUUCAAACUUUCUUCCCACCUCCUCGCAAACAAAUACACUUUCCGUGAACAAACACCGCCGGAAUAGAAUAAAUACCGUUGGGCGAGGAAAAAACUUGACAUUUCCACGCUUUGGGAGUUCUAAAUCAACACACCCAAAAAAAAAAAGAUCAUGCCAAUUGAAAAAAGAAAAUGGACGGACGCGCUUUGGGAAACACGGUUUCUCUUUUAUCUUUUUCCUAACAUCCCCAUGACAGAAGGAGAAAAAAUAAAUAACAUCUGACCUAGGGAAUUCAAAA